AUGUCCAACCGCCAGUCGUUCAUGCAGCAAACGCGACAAGUGUCGGCCCAAUCUUUUCAACCCCGUGCUGAAUCAGCCAACACAAAUCGCAGAAGUACUGUUGUUCAGCAGCACUCUCAUCCCCAAACGAGCGUUAGGGGUGAUUCUGUUAGACAGUCCGCCUGGGUCCACAACACCCGUGGCAAAGAGCGGCAAGACAGUCAGUCAACGAUAGUAUCUAUGCAGACAGACAUCGUGGAAUUUCUUAGGUCCAAAGGGAAAGUACUAAAGAGUGGCCAAUGGAACACCAUGAAUGAUUACGUGGAGUGCUUCCUCUUCUUACACGAUAUCAGCGGACUGAAACUUAUUUCUAGAGCCCAUCUUGCGAUCCUGCAGAGCUUUAAUAUCAACCAGCCCUUGGGAUCUAACCAACAAAAUAAGCAAAGUACCAUCCGGUCCAACGUUAUCCAGUUUAUAGGUGCAAUGUGGUACAUUCUAAUGAAUCCGCCAUAUGACAACCUAUCAGCACAGCUAAAAUCCUUCUUGCAUGCUUUCAACCCAGUCUUCAACCCAAAGUCCAACCCCUUUGAGCGGGCGACAGAUGUGCUUAAGGAUAUCAACACAGAACUUGCAACACUCCAAACCAUUCUCGACAGUGGUGCUAAAAAGACCUUAGGCCCGAAAGCUAUAUCUUUUCUUACGAGAGACUCGUGGCGGAUGCUUCUUUUGAUACACUACCUAGAGUUCGUCAAGAAGGCCUAUCACAAGUUUAUCUCUGAGCGCAUACAGAUCAGAAAGAGCACGAGAUCAGACAACAACGCCACAGUCGUCUGGGAUGAGAUAAUUGCGGACCUGACACCAGAGCAGAGGAAAACCUUGCAAGACGUACAGGGGCUUUAUCCUAUCACCGAUGGUCCUUCCACUGCUCUAAACAAGAAUGGACAAGAAGUGAUUGAAGAUAAGACAAUAUUAUUGGGAGCAGACAGUGAAGGAACAUUUGAUGAUAGUAUGGUAAAGGACAUGAUAGACUACGCAUUCCAGAUGUUUCCAGACAAAAAUCUGGUGGUCACACCUCCCUACAGUGGGAUGAUCUUAUCGUUAUAUACCAACAUGUCGCCUCGCGCCACUACCGAGACGCUAGAAGCGUUUCAGCAAAAGGCAAGCGACUGUCAGGUGACCUAUAUGGCUCGCCUAGAUGCAAUCAGCCACGAGAAUACAGAGUUGAAGUCUCAGCUAAAGGGUCACCUGGAGGUCCUUUGCAGUAAAAUGACAGAACUGUUAGUGUUUAUUUCUAACACUAACGUCUCAGAUCAACACGUACACACUCAAAUCUUCAACUUUUUGAAGAAGGCCAAGUUUGUUCCAACAGAAGAAAUCAUAAGAAUUGAGAAGAUAGACCCGCCACAGAGAGAUGCCGCCCUUGUGGAUCUGUUUAGAAAGUUACAAGUAACAGAUCAGUAUAUGGACCUUACCAUACAAAGCAUCGUGGCACGUUCGCAGGACUUUUAUACCAUGUAUAACGUAUGCACAGACUCCGUAGACUCAUUUUUCACGUUCUUAGCGCAACGGGUGGAGGCAUUGGAGGGUGCCUUGAGCCUUCUUAGCAAUCAGAACAAAAAAGAGAUUCUUUCGCAGAAGGUCGCUGAUCUAAUGCGUCAGAAGACAGAGCUUCGAGAGAAAAUUAGUGGCAUCGCUAAUCAAGUGGCCCAGAUACAAGAGGAGAAGCUGGCGCAUGCAACAGAUUAUGUUAGCCAUCAUCUCUAUAGCAUGCAUAUAGGAAAGCUGGAAGCGAUUAAUCAGAACAACAAGAACAAGUCAGCACAAAUUGUAGAAUUGCAGGAAAAGAUUCUCUCCUCCAAGAGCUUGCUUUCCCAGUCUGCAUAUGGAUUGGCCAUUGAGCUCUCUGCACUGCAGAAAAAAGUCUCAGAGUCACCCACUUUGGCUAAGUUUAUGGAAAUUUCUGGCAUCUAUAACGUAAAAGACAUCCAGAGUUUCGAGAGUGUAUUCAGGAAUUUUUCAGACGCAAGUUCCUCUGACAUCGUUGUUCCAUUGGACAGAAAUGGAACAGUUAAUGCUAUCGAGCAGAUGUGUAACGUAAGAAGUGCGAACCAAACAGGAGAGCCGCGCAAGUUUUCUGAUCUCUGUACGGGGCUAAGUAUGACCUGUGGCCAGCUGAUCCAUCUACUUAAUCUCGCCCAAAAGGAUAUUGAAAAAAAGCAGAAGGCAGCAGAAAAAGAGGAUGUUGCGAUUCAAGCAGAAAUAGCUAGCUUGGAGACCAAGAACAAAAAGUGGAAGGAUCAGUGCGACAUUGUCGCGGCCCGGUAUUCUAAUUUCGAGGCUGCUAAAAACUAUGAACAAGAUGCGAAAAACGAAAAAGCGAUGGCCGUCCUCGGGCAGAUACGCGAUCUUUCUAAAAGGAAGGUCGAUCUGAAUCUUCAGAUCAAAAAUCUAGAUCAAGAAUUGGCCGAGUUGGCCAAGAAGCGCGAGGUAACCACCCAAGAGCUCACUAAUACUCAGGAAGAGUGUAAUGAAAAGGUUCGCACGACUGUUUUCUCCUGCAACAACAUGUUGGCCAUGGUUGAAUCCUUCCGCAUAAGGACCGCAGAGACGCUUUCUAACGUUGCUGCAAGCCUCCAACAGACAGGAGAACGCGUUGACGAGGCCGAGCUUCGAAUCACAGAGAUUCUUGACCUUGUCAGGGAGAUGGGCGAGCUCGCCGCCACCACGACAGAAAAGCAUCGGAAGUAG